CCGCGCCGUAUCAACAGCAUGCACAAGUGGCUGGGCAUCACGCACUCGGACUCGGAAGACGGGUCGAGCUCCAGCGACGAAGACUACUUUGACUCGUCCUUCGACGAGUCCAAGCGAUUGAAGGCUCAGGCUUAUGCCGACAACAUCGCGGCGCGGUCGUGGGGUCUUUCUCAUCGAGACAAGGCAGGGUUAACACAAAGCAGUCUCGCGCUGACGGCCGACGUUGCCGUGCACUUCCACGAAGAGUUGGGCCAGCAGCGACGAGUAUGGGACUGUGCACUCGUGCUGUCCAAAUUUCUCGCGAACUCAGCGUACUUUCCACCGGGUUCGUUCGACAACAAACACAUCAUCGAGCUGGGCUGUGGCAUUGGCGUGCCUGGUUUGUCUGCGGCGCUUCUUGGGGCGAAGCGCGUCGUGUUAACGGACAUGCCAUUCCGUGGAUCGAUUUCAACAUUUCCAACAACACAUUUCCGCCCGGCACGACAGUGUCUUCGCUGCCCUUGAUGUGGGGCCCAGAUGUGACCUCGGCCAUUCCACGUCCGUUUGACGUGAUCCUGUGUUCGGAUUUGAUUUAUGGUGACACGGACCUGGCGGAUCUGCUCCUGGCGACCAUUCGCGCCCUCUCGCACGCGUCCACACUGGUCGUGUUUGCCCACGAAGCUAGGUACGCCGGCAACCAAGGUCGGUACUUCCUCGACAUGAUCGCCGCCACCCAUACCGUCGACGUCAUCUCCUACGACGUGCUGGAUCCCAUCUACCGAGCCACCAACAUCCACGUACACUUGCUUCAUCCGCGUUUGGCCGACGUUUCCGAUGCAGCUGAUCCCGGUGCAGCGACCGUCGCCAAGCCAGCAGGCGUGUGUGUACAGGAACGUCAUGGAUGAGGAGUACACGGUGACGAACUCAACCACUUUGCCGAGUGCCGCCAGCUCGAACUCUUCUCCGACCUCAAACAAGUUGAACGAUGUGCGUAGUGUGUUACUCUGCGCGUGGCGCUGUUGGGAUGGGUCACUGUGAAGUAGCAGGCAGCAGAUUGCACAUUUACAUGGGGUGGCCCGUUCUUGCCAUAGAUGUAGUACGAUAAAGACGUCACUUUUCCACUUGCA